UGCCAUCCCACAUAGUGGCAUCAAACAGUAACAUAAAAACUUCGUAGUCCGUGAGCAUCUUUAUUGUUAGUUUUCGAUUUAGUUUACAUUUGUAUACUAUAUUAAACGAAUUUACAAUGAUUUCAACAUGGAUUUUUAUACCAGCGAUUGUGAUGUUAUCUGUGGUUCAAUGCAUUCCUUAUUUGGACAAAACUGUCACUACUGUUUUUGCUACCAAACCUAAUAAGAGUGCUUAUGUUUCCAUCAAUAAUUCAGAAUCUCCAUCGUUUAUAACGAGUUCAGCUGCUGCUAACGGCGGUGCAACAAAAACAAAUAUGAGUAAAUCUGCUCUUGCAAAUAAUUAUAAUAAACCAGCAAACCCUACUUUGGAUGGAGAAGAAAUAAAUGAGUCAGAUCAAAUGAAAACAUCAGUUCCUACCAAAAUUCGUCAUGUGGUAUCUAAAUCCAUUGGUUUAUGCUUCUGGCCCUUAAAGGAAUCGUGGAAAAUAAUGAAGCACAUAAUACCAUUUCAUCAGAAUACGAACGUUGAUCAAACGAAAACCAGGAAUGAGAUAAAUAUUCAAUAAAUAACUAUAGAUAAAAUAAAUGAUAGGAUUUAAAAUAAUUAAUGUUGCAGUCAUUUUAUAAUUGUAUUAA